UAGAGACUGAACGUGCCCUAGAGGUGAUCAUUUGGUUCAACAGCGUUUAUGUUGAACUUAACUUGAAUACACAUAGAUGUCGCAAUUGCGAUCUCAGUUGCAAAACCUCCACAAUCCUCGACCUCAAUACCUCGUGAUAAAUACUAAUCCCUGCCCCUCUCAGCUGAAUUCCUUACCUCACACAAUGGCUUUAGAUACCCACAGGCGAAUGGGACAUCUGCACCAUCAUUGGCGGACACCCUGGAUUUUAGUUGUCUCUUCGUUAAUUAUUUUCUGCAGUAUCAUCGUGCUGUCAAUCUCAGCCUGGCUCACAUCGCGUUUUACUGCCUACCACAACUACUUCAGUCUAGCUGAACGAGACCGCACUCGUUUUCUAUUGUUCACUUCAGCAUGGACGAUCGUAUUCUCCAGUCUCUACAUGAUUUUCUCCUCUUGUCUUCCGGGCAGUGUUUUGGGUAGCGUCCUGUUUUUAACAUGGCUCUUCUGGACCGCCGGCGCCACAAGUAUGACUACAGCUCUCAGUGGAGCGCUGGAUCGCAAGACCCAGGGCAAUUUCGUAUAUCUUGUUCAACUUAACGCGCUAGAAGGCUUUGCUUGGGUCACUGAGGCUCUUGUAACUUUCGUAUUACUAGCUGCGCUCAUCCGUAGCAUUCUCACGGCUCGCCGUCAUGGAAUGCGUAGACCACUAGCUGCUUAAGCGGGCUGUUAUCCUCCACUUCUUUUUCCUCGAUCUACGUCAUGCAUUGUCAUUAUAUUGCAGUUGUGAUGACAAUGCAUGACUAGCAUUGCACACAGCUGAUAUAUAGUGCCCUCCAUUCUCGCGUUGUCCAAUAGCUUCGCCUAGUUACCAGGUAGUGUUGUGUACGAGCAAUAUAAGUUAUGUUUUUGUGGCAA